AUGAGGAUCAAGCAUGUUUUCAAGCGAGGCACAGGGAAAGCAUCAAGUGUUCAGGACAUCUCAGAAGAUUCCAUUCCUGAUCCACCAAUUGAUGACAAUCAAGAAAGCGAUGUCGUCGAUGCUGAAGCAGAUCAAGUUAUCCACAAUGUCUUAGAGACGCUUGCUGAUGUUGCCACUACACAGGAUGUCAUGCCAAAUGUUGAAUCGCAGGAAUCUUCAAGUGAGAAGACUCCCUCUAUUGAAAUUCCCCAUGGAAAAACCCCUGAACCCUUGUCCAAGAAGGGUAAGAAACAAGUGUCUGUUGCCUCUAAAGAAGAAGACUCUGAUGAUCAAGAAGUGCACAAGAAAGUCACUGCCUCUGCUAGUAGGAAAACCACAGUUUCUACAAGCAAGAAUGUUGCAGGUUUGAAAGAAAAGAAGAAAAAGGUUCCUGGCUCUCAGACUCCCAAGACUCCAAGAGCAUCUCAGGUCUCAGUUCCUGAGAAGAAGACAAAGAAGGACAAGAAAGAUGAGAAGAUUGCUGCAUCAACUGGAAAGAAGAGGAAACAUGUUGCUGAAACUGACUCUGAGCCAGAUGUCAAGCCAGAUGUUCCUGAAAUCACCACUACUGCCAAGAAAAGGAUCAAGGGGAAGAGAAUUCCUUUGAAUGUUCCCGAGGCACCAAUUGACAAUGUAUCCUUCCACUUUGCCAGUUCUGCACAAAGUUGGAAGUUUGUUGUUCAUAGAAGGUUAGCCAUAGAAAGGGAGCUUCAUGCAGAUGCCUUGGAGCCCAAAGAGAUCACAGAACUGUUGGUUGAUGCAGGUUUGAUGAAGACUGUCAAGGACAUUGGCAGAUGUUUCUCUCAAUUGGUUAGGGAAUUCAUUGUGAAUAUCCCUACUGAGUGUGAUGAUGAGAGUAGCCCUGAGUUCAGAAAGGUCUAUGUCAGAGGAAAGUGUGUUAAUUUCUCUCUGAAGUUGUUAAUGAGUUUUUGGGAAAAAGACCAAUUGCUGGAACUGAUAACGAACCUGAUUUAA